CCACUGUAAUGGCGAAGUUGUGACGGAAGACUUGUUUGUGAAUCGCCCUUAUCCAAGUUUUUCAGCAUUUACAAGCCUAAGAAAACAUUGUAGUCGACAUCACAGAUCAGCCCCUGGUGCCAUUGCCCAAUAUGCCCAAGAUGUUGGUGAAGUGAAAGAGGUCCCCCAGAGUCACUACGUUAGUGCUGUUACUGCCGCCAACGACGAGGCCAGGACGACAUCAAGAGAGAAAAUGACGUCCAACAACUACCAAUUUGGAGACAGGCACUACAAGGGGAGUGUGGACUCAGGUUUCCAGGAACCUAUAGACACAAUUGGCUCCCAUGAAAUAGCCAUGGAAAUUAACAGCUUUACAAAUAUGGGCAGAAGAGAUCUGACUCAGACGUCCCCGCUGGCUUCGCCGGAGUUAGCUCGACGGCAGUUCCGGGGCCCUCCGGAACUGUACCAGGACCAGCACCUCCAGAGAGAGAUCGCCAACAUCAAACAGCAGCAGCAGCUACAACACCAGUUCCUCCUGCAGCAGUAUGAGCAGCAGCGACAACAGCUGGAACAAGAACACGAGAAGCAGCUCCAUGAACACAUCAAGCUACAGAGGCAGCACCUUGAACAGGAACACCAGAAACAAGUCCACCAACUUAUCAAGGGUUACUUUGAGCAGCAGCAGCAGAAGAAGUUGGAGCAGCAGCAGCGGAUCGAGAAGGAGCUCUUGGAGAAGGAGAGGCUGGAGCAGAUCAAGAACAAGAAGAAGACUGAAGAAAGUGCCGUUGCAUCUACUGAGGUCAAGCAGAAGCUUCAUGAAUUUGUCCUCACCAAGAAGCAGCGCGAAGCUGCCGUCCGAGAACUGACCACAGGGUCACCACCACAGUUCCGACACCCAUGGGUACCAAACCAGGGGUCCCUGGAACAGAGUUCCCCCCCUCAGAGUAACUUGUCCCCUCCGUACCCGCCCGGAAUGCUGGGAAAAUAUGAUGAUGACUUCCCUUUACGAAAAACUGCAUCUGAGCCAAAUAUUCUUAAAGUGCGCUCGGCUUUGAAGCAGAAAUUGGAAACACGUCGCAUAAUUACCCACAGUCCUCUAGUUCGGAGACGGGACAAAGGACCAUUACAACUUAAGCGUAAAACUCCUCUAUCAAUUGAGACCGGAGUUUGUAGUAGUAAUCCAGAUUCGGGGCCCAAUUCACCAGCAGGAAGCUCCCAUGGUGCACUGCCCAAUGGGAGUCUGUCAUCACUCCACUCUAAGGAGGACAACGGCACCUACCCGUUCCCAUUCCGACCUGGACUGAGUUAUCCCGGAACUGACCUGAGUCUCUACACGUCCCCAUCCAUGCCCAACAUUUCCCUCGGCAGACCCCCGACCUCAGGGCCAUCCUCUGUUAGUGGUUCUACAUCCAGUAGCGUGGCUUCGGAGGAGGAGUUACGAGCGAUGACGGCACGUCUUGGAAUGCCCAUUGCAAGUCACCUACUGCCAAAUGCUCUACCCGGUUACUUCCCUUCACUGCCAGUGAUUGAUGGUGAAUUCCCACCAGGAACCAGUCAGGCAUAUCUUGCAGCAGCGGCAGCAGCAGCAGCAUCUGGCGGCAAAAUCAGCUCCCCCCUCGUCAACCCAUACCCCAUUCCACCGUCAGGAACAGAAGCCCCCACUCACCCUGCUCACAGACUCUCUAGACAUCGGCCACUGGGCCGCACCCACUCAGCUCCCCUCCCUCUCGGCCACCCCGUGUUUCAGCAGCAGCAACAACUACUACAACAACAUCAGCAUGAUCAGUUUAUAAAGGAAAACUCAAAACUAUACUUAAAACAGCAUAUACGACAAACGGUGUUGCAACGGACCGUCAGUAAGAGUCAUAUGGAAAAUGUGGAUGAAGAAACAGAGGUCAAGUUAGCACAGGAGAUGAAGGAGUCUCGUGAUGCUGAGAGUAUCGUCAGUGACAGCAAGAUGGACGAAAGUUCCAGUGAAUUGGAGAAACAGCAGCGGGAUCGUGAAGCAUUCCUGGGCCAGCAAAGGGAGAUCAUCAAGCCUCGUCAUAAGGGCCCCUCGCAUCAUCGCCCUUUGUGAACACAGUCCAGUCCCCUCGUCACCUUCUCUGUUCUCCCACAACAGCCUCAAGAAACUGGGCCAGUCUCAUACACAUUUACAACAGGUUUGGCGUACGACACGAUAAUGUUGAAACACCAGUGUACGUGCGGCAACAACAUGAACCACUUAGAACACGCUGGGAGAAUACAGAGCAUCUGGGCAAGACUCACUGACACCGGACUUGUCACACGAUGUGAGAGAGUGCGGUCUCGGAAGGCGAGUACGGAAGAGCUGCAGAGCUGCCAUACUCAUCUCCACACACUAGUUUACGGAACAAAUCCACUCAGUAGACAGAAAUUGUUAGAGUCAUCUCCCAUGCGAUUCUGUCUCUUGCCAUGUGGAGGCGUUGGCGUGGAUUCUGAUACUGUCUGGAAUGAUCUUAAUACAUCAAAUGCCGCCAAAACGGCAACAGGUUGUGUGAUAGAGUUGGCACUUCGUGUGGCUGCUGGUGAUCUCAAGAAUGGCUACGCCAUCGUGCGUCCUCCUGGUCACCAUGCAGAGGCCCACCAAGCCAUGGGUUUCUGUUUUUUCAACUCAAUUGCAAUAGCGGCCAAACAGUUACAAGAAAAGGCAAAACUAGAGAAGAUUCUCAUCAUUGACUGGGAUGUUCACCAUGGUAACGGCACCCAGCAAAUGUUCUACAUGGAUAACCAUGUGUUGUACAUAUCUAUUCAUCGCCAUGACAGCGGCAACUUCUUUCCUGGUACGGGAGCACCUGAAGAGUGCGGAAGUGAUGAGGGGCUCGGCUUCAAUGUCAACAUCGCGUUUGGAGGAGCUCUGAACCCACCCAUGGCUGAUGCUGAAUAUCUGACUGCGUUCAGAACAAUCGUGAUGCCAAUUGCCCGUGAGUUUGGUCCCGAUAUGGUUCUCGUGUCUGCUGGUUUUGACGCGGCCAAGGGACAUACAGCUCCGCUGGGAGGGUAUGAGGUCACAGCUGAAGCUUUUGGUCACAUGACCCGUGAGCUGAUGUCGCUUUCGGGUGGGAAGGUCGUGCUGGCACUGGAGGGAGGCUAUGAUAUUCCGGUCAUCUCGGAGGCUUCAGAGAUGUGUGUCAAGGCUCUUCUUGGGGACGAGCUACCUUCAAUCAAGGAUGAAGAACUCCAUCGGCCGAGCUGUAAACCUGCGUUGGAGACCUUGGAAUCCACCAUCCGAAUACAGAUGGAGCACUGGCCCUGCAUCAAACGGUAUUUGGGAACAAUAAGCUACUCCCUGAUGGAGGCACAGAAGCGGGAGAUGGAGGAAGCGGACACAGUUACUGCCCUUGCAUCACUCUCCAUGGUCCCAAGUAAAAACAGUUCUGUGGAGCAGCAAGAAUCAGAGCCAAUGGAAGAAGGGACCUAGAAGUAGCAGCCUGUCCUAACAGGAUUGUAGUUGACAGGGGAGCCUCCCAGACAAGAUGGCCGCCAGUGGCAGACGCAGUGGCCAGAUGCCAUUUCUGCUAGAACCCAACAUCGUAGAACCACAGUGCUUGGCCAUGGCAUAGCACCUGAUGUUGUACUUACAGCAACCUCCAUGUGCCGUCAUCACAGUGUCAAAGACUGCGCCCUCCUCCCUCCCUGCCUGUGUCCACUGCGUCAUUUCAACAAGGUCGCUGUUGUCUAUACUUUGUGUUUUGUUUCACUGCCACUGUCCAUGUGUCUUGAGUCUGUGACAGGAAAAGAUUGCCACAGACACCACUCGACUCUUUGCAUUUGUCAACAUCUAGCUCCUGCCUCCGCUGACCGAUGAGGUGAUGAAACAAUUGAUGAGCCUUCCCUGACGACUACUUGCCCACUUGUGCUGCCACCUACUGGCGUACGUCUCGUGUUCCAUGUCGUUUACGCACACAACCUUCUUCUUCGUCGAGUAGAUUUACCAUCACUGGUCAAUCUUUGUUGUGAAAAAUUGAACCAAGUUAGAUGAAGACAAUCAUGUAGAUUUUUGUAUUCUUUUACCGUGGUGACCUCGGAGGCCAUCAUUUAAAAGGAUGAUGGAACUGAAGACAUUCGCACAGAGAAAUCAUCACUUCAGCUGUUUCAUCUCACACGAUCGUUUCAGCAGCUGCAUCCGAAAAUUUGACACAGUUAUUCUUCAUCGGAGGAAGUGGCAAUCAGCAAAUGGCACAUUCAUUAUCCUGAUUUGUACGUCAUACGACUGCAGCCAUGGAAACACGUCUACCACAAGCUAGCUCGCCAUUCUGUCUCGAUACUUUUCUAAGGCAGUCCUCAUCUCUGAAAGUGCUAUUUGGAGGGUCGCAUCACGAAGCAGAGCAAACAGGAAAAGCAGAUGUGACUCGAUUCAAAAAUCGUGACGGGGAAAAAGAUCAAGGAAGCCAGACAUUGGCUUGUAAAUAAGAAAGUUGUCGGUUGUUAACUUUGAAAACCGAUACCUGGUUGUUUGGUUAUUGUUUUCCAGAGAGAUAUUUUUAGGUCUUGAAAUGGAGCAUUGAAGAUUCUCCAAUCGAUGGACCGAAAUAAUAACUAUGGAUGACAAGUAUGACUAUAUGUCUAUAUAUAAAUAUAUAUAUUUGUGUAUAUGUAUACUAAAGCUCUAGUCAGUGGAAAUCAGCCUAACUUUGUACCUGUGUAACAGUAGGUUUAUUUCAACAUGUUAUUUGCUGUUCUUCUUGACAUGGUGUAUCUCAACUCUAGAUAAUCUUAUUUUCACAAAGUAUUUUUUUCUACUUUUACAAAUACUAUUUUUGCAUUCAAUUUUAUACCUAUCGCCCCAGGAGGGUGGAUGGCUGUUGAUCAUAUACCACGCCCCAUUUCAAAAUUUGGGACGUUUUACUUGGAAUUUUAGUUGCUAGUUUUGCUUAUUGUGAAAAUAAGCUUAUCUAUAGUGACAUAGUUCCUGACGGUUUCUAUCUGCAGUAAAUGAUGUCAUUUUGUCAGUAGUCUUUUACUUUACCCAAUUGUUUUUGUGACACAUUGAAAACAACUCAUGUUCAUUCUUCGUGGAAUUUCAAUUUUGACAUUUUUUCCAAAGUAUACUAUUGCACUGUUUACAAAUUUCCAAUUUUCUGACUACAUUUUCGAAAAAAAUUCUUUUUUCUCUCACCAGGCUCCUCUGGUUUGGAUAUUUUAAGGUUUAAAUGUAUUUGUUUUGAAUGCUAAUUCACACUGUGUAUCUGUAAUAGUAAUUGUAGAAACAUGUCCACUGUUGUCCAAGCUUAGAGUGCACUUUAGACAAACUAUUCCAACAAAAGUAGAUUUCUGUUAUGUAUACAUAGUAAUAUAUAUUUGUUAUAACACAGGACACCCCCCAUUUUUCCAAAUGGUACGGUUCCCCCUUAAAGUGGGAACAUACCACUUUGUUUUUUAGGGGUGAGAAAUAACACAGGAUUUGAUCCAUAAAUCUUGUGCCACAAUUUCAGCUGUUAGUAAUGUGAUCUGUUACCAUGGUUACCAUGGAAACCAGAUGACCAACUUGGUGCAGGUACUUAAUCAACAUUACCUGUGAGUAGACCGUUGGACCUUUUUCGCGUCAUAUCGUGUCUGUUUUGAAGUCAUCAGAGAUAUAGUCUAUAGAGUUUGUUACUUCAGUCAAGCUAUACAAGAGCAGUCACAACAGAAGGCAGUGUAUGGACUUGUAACUUGGUUAAGAACCCUUGGUGGGAUUUCUCAAGAGCAGACAACUCCUGAUCAGUGUUGACAGAGUUAACUGCCCUUGGACUAUGCCUGCCCUGUGUUUGGCAGGUGAUACUAGUUGUUAACUCCACAAAAUGUUUAAGAAUAGCCAUCAGCUUGAGGCUUGUCUGGCCAUGUUUGGCCAUGAUCACUUUUUAGACAAGAGCUUGCAUUUCUUUAAUGCAUGUGACUGCUCCUUUUAGACUAAAUACUGACCGAACCAUAAUAUAAGUCUUCUUCUCCAAUCACAAAUAUCUUGAUUGUCUCGUGUUUGGACAAAAAUUUACUAUUUUCAAAAUAAUCCUUAGCAGUAGAGAUUGUGAGACUGUGUAUUUUCUUGAGACCUUUGGGAACCUGCAUGCAACUGUUUUCACGGCUACUUAAGAUUAACAAUAAACGUCUCUUGAAGUUAGCAUGCAGUGCUGUCAUUUAGAGUCAGAUGUAUUUUGAACUAGAAUAUUUGUUUUCAAGAGUAAGAUGUCUUUUGGUUUCUUUUUUGGUCCAACAUAAGAUUUGUGAUAAUCGUGUACAGUGUGUGACAAAGAAAAUAUUUUCUUCAUUUUGAACUUGGUCGGUGUUAAACACUAAAACAUAACUGCAGAUGAGUAGGAGUUGUAUGUUUGGCUGCAGCUUUUGGAAGAUGGCUGGACUUACUUGAAUGUUAUCUAAGAUUCAGCCCUCAGCAGCAAGGAAGGAAAGGUAAGGUGACCCUGUUUAGAGGUUGGAGGUCAGAUUCUGGGCAGAGACUUGAUGGGUGUUCCUUGAUCCAAAGGUAGCGAAAAAUGGCCACGGUUGGAUUUCUUGCAACAGCAACUCUCUGCAGUUAUGUGGCCUUACGGAGUAGUCACUUGAAUCGUGAUGUAUAAAAUAUGUAUAUUUUGCUCGCUCGGUGAUGUAAAUUAUGUUGAUAUAUUCUCAAACUGAAGUUAAAGUGUGUCGCCCACUCAUAAUAGGUGAGUGGGUUGGUUUGUUGGCGUCAGAGUCAACUCUUGACUGUGUUCAAGUCCUUUGAACUGGUGUACGACAUGUUGACUUUGUGCAUGCUGCAAGUUGUCUUUCUUGUAAGUUAUUUAUCAAAUAGCAGAAAAGUGCUUUCAUUUUCAAAACAGUUAGUUGUGUACAGAUAUCCUAUUUUAAUGACAAAUCUUUUUUAAAUGGAUGUUAAAGAGAAAUGAACUAUUUUUUCCCAAGUAUUACAUGUAACAGAUUCUCCAUUAUUAAAGUUCUCUAGUUGCCAGUACUCUGUUGCCAAGACCUGCUCACAAGGCAAGGUCAUUAGUUGGGGUCAAGGUCAAGGUCACUAGAUCCUGUAGGCAGCCUUGUGCCCUUCAGGAUCCAUAUUUCAAGUUCAGGGCUGUGCUGUUCAACAAACUGAGACCCAGUCCAGGAAUUAAAACUGAUUCUUGAGCAAAGGAUAUAUGUAUACUACUCAGCUUUUGCUGCAAACUAUGACUGAAGUGGACUGCAUUGAUCCUUAGCAAAUGUUGAGUGGUAUAUAUAUUGUGAUGAAGUUUUUCAUCAUUACUUGUCAUUGUUUAAGGUGAAUUUCAUUAACUAUACAUGACAAUUUGUUUGAUUAUAUUUUGUCUUGCUCCUUGAUUUGAAUUUGUGAUGAAGAGACGAUUUGUCUGUUUACUUAGACAAGUUUCCAUGUUGAGACGACCUUGCAUCCUGACAAACCGUUGCCAGCAGCCGGACGCUGUGUUACCCUGUUAGUUGGAGAAACACUCCAACAGAAAUAUUGUUGAGAAAUGAUUGUUAUUUGUUAAGAAAACGUUACUGCCCAUUUCACAAUGUAACAUUGACACAAUUGGCUCUCAUGGGGUAACUGUGCUCUGAAGUUCCUCUGUGAUGAAGUUCCAGGAAUACCGUAAACCAAACAUGUGACUAAUGGUUGUAGAUGGAAUUUGUUCAGAGAUCAGUACAUUACCGUAAAGUUCUCCAGUUGCCAAUUCUCUGUUGCCAUGACCCAUUUUUACAAGGCAAGGUCAUAAGUUGGGGUCAAGGUCACAAGAUCCUACAGACAGCCUUGAGCCCUUCAAGAUCUGAAUUUAAAGAAUUGUGCUUUGAACCAUAAUCAUAUUAAAAAGUCUGUUGGGUGACCAUAAUUAACACAAAUUAAAUGACUUUGUAGAACUACACCUUUGAUUAAAUUUUGUGAAAUCACAGUAUAAAUCAUUUUCUUAAUAUGGAUGACACAGAACUUCAAUAUCAGAUGAAAGUUGUGAGUAUAGGACCUAUGCGAGAGUUGGAUGUUAUUUUACAGUGUGAAAUGGCAGACAUCACUUGUUAGUCUGACGGUCAGCAUUAUGUCGAGGACGUCGGCCGUGGCGGCGUGUGCUGCAGGCAGGUUUGCUCAUGUACCUACCCCGUGAUUCUCAACUGCUUCUUCUUCCGACCGAGUUGCUCCAGUGCCAGUGUUUUCCACUUAUUAUUAUAUAUAUAUUGACACAGUGCAAGUGGUAGCGCAGCGGGGACAACACUCACAACCAUCGGCAGUUAGUCAAACGAAAUUAUCUUCAUAUACCUUUGAAGAUUUUAACUUCUGCUCCUAUUCACUUUCUGUAUUGGUAUUGAAUAUCAUUUCUUAUAUCAACCGUCCUUGUCCUUCUACAGAACGGCUUAAUGUUGCCAUGACUAUAUUACCAUAGUUUUUGGCGCCAAGAUUGCCAAAAAGGUAAAGAAGCAUGUGUAUAGAAUAAACCCUACUUCACCAAUUCUGUUUUUUUAAAUCAAUCAAAUAUAGUGACAAAACAAUAAUUUGAGUACAGAGGCGAAAUUUUGAUAGAUUUUCACCUAUUUGAGAAUGUCUCUCAAUAUUCGUAUAAAGUGAUUUCAAUGCCAAUCAUACGAAACUGUUUGAGGAAGUGUUUGCAGUCGCGUACCCUGAGCAUUGUCUCCGCCUCAGUUGCUGGUCUGCGAUGCUGCUGUUGCUGCCACAGUAGUUGUGUAUUUUGUUACAAGCCAGGCCCUAGCGAGACCACUACACUGAAUAUCUCUAUCUACUGUUCAUGUUUCCUGUUUUCUCUAGACUCCAGUCAUAGUAGUCGGAUGCUUAAACAUUGGUAAGAACGAUAUCAUUGUAAAAAUGCUGGUCAUUCAUUGUGAAGUAAAUUUUGUUGUCAAAAUUGAA